CAAUCAUUGUUGAAAUAUUAUACAACACAUAUUUUUUUUUUCUUUUUUUCUUUUUAAUUAUUUUUAUUUAUUUAUUUUAAUUAAAUUCCUUCAAAUGUUGAUUAAUGGCCAAAAAUGGUCCUGUGAAACUUGUAUAAAGGGUCAUCGUGCUUCACAUUGUCAACACGAAGAUCGCCAAUUGAUUUUAAUAAAGAAAAAAGGAAGACCAUCAACACAGUGUAAUCGCUGUAAAGAACUAAGGACUGUUCGACAACUUCAUGUUAAAUGUGAAUGUGGAAUCCAAAAUAAAAACGAUAAGAGUAUUAUUAUACCAACAAGAAAAAAAGUUCGAUUAAAAACAUUAAGGCCUAUUGCACCAAAAAAUGAAAUAAAAAAUAAUUGCUGUCAGUCAAUUUCACCUUCUAGCUGCUGUCAAAAAAAAUCCAGUAAAGAGAAUCAAUUAGUGUCGUCAAUAGCUAAUACCACAAGUCAUUCAUUACCUUUAUUAUUACUAUCUGAAUCUGUUCCACUACCUAAUAUACCACCGCCAACAUCUUGUUGUGGUCCACCUGCUAAGAAUCAACAAGGAGAAACAAUUCGUGUAGUUACAUGUCGUUGUGGAGAUGACUGUGCCUGCAUAGGCUGUGACGCACACCCAUCACGGGCUAUGAAAGAAGGUAAAAAGGAUAUUUAUAUAGGGUUUGACAUGAUAAUACAACAAAGACAACAACAACAACAAAUAUCAAUUGAUUCAUCAAUAGCUUGUUCUGCUAAUAAAAUACCUUCUUCUAUUUUAUCAGAUGAUGGUAUUUUAUUAUGUGGAUGCGGAUGUUCAAAGUCAUUAGAGACUUGUUCUUGCUGUACACAUGAUUUAUAAACGGAAACAAUAAUACAGAUUAAUUUUGCUUGGAUAUAUAAUAAUAAAUAGAAAGGAUCUGUGUAGCAAAUUGUUAUAAAAUAUAACUAGUGGUUUAAUCCUCUCUCUCUCUAUAUAUAUUGAUCGAAGUAUUGAUAGUCACGGAAUGUAGAAAAACAAAACAAAUAAAUGUUAUCUUUGAUUUCUUUUGGGCCUAUAUAUUGAAUAUGUAUUAUCUAUUUGAUAUCUAAUUUUUCUAUGCUUUUCUCCUCUCUCUCUCUCUCUCUCUCCCUCUCCCUUUUUUUUAUUUAUUUAAACAGAGCUUUUCCCUCUCUGCUGCUGCUACUGCUGCUGCUUAUAUAAACUGAUACAAAGCUC